AAAAAUUGCAUGAGAAGUUAAUUAACGAUUAAAGGUAGGCAAUCGAUGAAGGAGCAAAGAGGAGAGAGAGAUGGAGGAGAAGGAGAAAGGAGAGCGAUGGAGCGGAGCGAUGACGAAUCUGACGGAGAUGGGUUCGAAUCUGGAAUCUCUCCAGAAGCUUCUCCUGACCAAAGCUGUCUUCGUGGACGAUGAGACCUUCGCCAAAGCCUCCCUCACCGCCGACCAAGCCCGCACCAUCAAGCUUCGCCAACAACGUGUCGAUACCUUAGAGAAAGAAGUCGAUGCUGCCAUCACUGCCGCCGCUCGCGCUCGUUCCGAAAAACGCCAAGCCGAAGCUGCUCAGAAAGCCGCCGAAUCUCGCGCUCAACAGCUCACUACUGAGCUCGAAAACACCACUAAGGUGUUUGAACUUCACAUGGAAGAACUGCGUGCAAAGCAAGAAGAAAUCAAGAAGCGUGACGAGGACAUCAAACUUCUCGAAGCUAUUAUUCAAACUCUUGGGGGAAAGGAAUCGAUCUCUACUUCUGUGUAAAAGUAAUUGUUUUAAGUGUGCUCGAUACCUUAACACUGUAAUAGAUGUUGUUUCCAUAUGGAUAUUAUUUUUUACACGAAUCGAUUCUCUGCUGCCACUAAUUGAAGAUUAUAUAAAGAAAAUUGUGGUUGUUUAACGUUGGGUUAUGGCAUGAAAAGAAUUUCCUUGGCACUCAUACGUUAUGACUGAUCAUAUUGCUUCAGAUUUCAGAACAUGGGUAUAUAUUGCUUUCUCACAGUUGCAGUGAAUAGUACCUUUCCGAGGUAUAUAUGCUGUCUAAAACCUAUGGAAAAAUUCCUCAUUCAUUUGUCUCUGGCAUUUCUUGCAAGUCAAAAUGCCAU